CCAUUCAUUUUAUGAACUGGAAUGAUGGAUAAUUCAUCAUCAAUUUUUGUAUUUAUUUUUUUAAUCUGUUUAGCCUAAACGUGACUACAGAAAACUUUGUUUCGUGUCCACUUUCGCCAUUAAACUACAUGUAAAGUCGUAAACUACUAAUCCUGUACUAAUCAUGAAGGCGCUUUCUGAGCAAUCACGUGACCGCGCCCGCAAACAAUGACGUAUUACGCAUGCGCCCCACAGCGCCGGCACUUUCAAAUUGUUUGCAUUAGCAUCGUCGAUGAUUAGCAUUAAUACGUCACCUGAAAGUAUUCCCAGUCCCGAAAACCACGAAAGCCGUCAACGUGCUUUUCCAAUGCUCAAAUCCGAACAGUGAUGAACAAAACGAGCUACAAUGGAGGAGGAGAGUCAAAUCAACUUCAAAGCUUUGAGGGCCAAGUUUCAGGAGGAAGCUCUUCUGGCCCAGACCAAAACCACUCGACCAACUGUAGCGGAAAAGCCCAAGAACCUUCCUCCUGCUGGAGGCCACUGUAGUUCCGUGGUUAGUAGUAUCAAUAUUGCCACAGAAAACAAGACAACAGUGGUUCCCAGAGUUAUUUUCAGAAAUGAACUGCGAGCUUCUGGUGGAAAGCGGUCAACUUCCUCUCCGGCACAACCUCCGCAGCUCUCCCCCUCUUCUCAGCCCAUUAAUGGAGACGGCAGAACAAAAAAGCAGACCUUCAAAGAACGGCACAUGCCUCAGGUGCUUCCUGUCCUGUGCUCUAAAGAACACAGGUUUGACCCUCUAAUCAAAAAAGAGUCACCACAAGAACAGGAGUUGGUGAAAGAAGUCCCACAAAUAAAGCCCAAAAAGAAUAAUUUGCUGCUUGCUUUGAAGUCUUCCAGAGUGUCGAAGUUUAGCUCAGAAAGUGAAGAGGAACCCACAUAUGCUGAAUUGACCACAAGACCUGCGAGUGCUCCUGGCGAAUUGCCUUCUGUGGAAAAGCAAACCUCAGAAGAUGGCGUUUCGCUCCAAGGGGACCAAUUACCCGCAACGCGCCGUCUCUCCAGUCCAGAUGUCUCGGUCUCUCCUCCGUUACUUGAGACAAGCGUCGACUCUGACAAUCGCAUCAUUAGCACCUUGGAGAGGGCCAAGAGGAAGUUCUCCUGCCGACACAUAUUGAUUUCCAGCAAAUCCAAAAGUCUGCGUUCUCCUGACUUUGCCUCGAGCGAGAGGCCCUUCCUUUCGUCGCCCAGGAACGUGGAAAAUACGGAGCCUGACCUACCUCCGCUACCGCCGCCACCCGUUGGACUCCCGCACCUUGCUUGCAUCUCUGCGCGACCGUUCUCUAAAGUCAACAACUCGGCUCGAAAACCUGCAUUUCUCAAGCCGUAUCGCCCGGAUAAAGCUGAAGGUCCUUCUGUCACGACUGACCUUCAUUCCCAUUCGAAUCCUCAAAAGAAUCCUCUGCCUGACUUGAGGUCGCUGGGACCAAAGCCAGCGAAGCCUCGCAGACCACCAUUGGUAUCUCUCAGACAUGACCAAAAACCAGUUCAUGAGGUGUUAAAAGAUCUCAGCCAAGAGCCAAUUAAAGGUUCCGAGUCCGAAAAGCCCACCUCCGGUGCCGUCCUGGAUGCUCCCGUGUUCCCGGACUUUGAGAAUCCGGAGACGGAGCCCACGCAGAUCGAAGCUGUUGAUAUUGCCGCUUUAGAUCUCAAGGUUCUAGAUUUGGGUGGCCUCGGCUCUCCGCCUCCUGCGCCAGCUGACCGUGGCGUCCCCGAAUCCAAGACUUCACAAUCUGACACGCGUACUUCCGAAGUCGCCAGUGAAAGCUCUGUUGCCCAACAGCUGAAAGUUGGCAGUCUGAGCGGAAUACCUUCUCAUCCAGCCAGCUUCCCUGAACCAUCAAAUCUGACAGAGUCCAUCACACGUGACCGAAGGAGCCCGAGCCAGGACGUGAUCGUUCCCCCUCCUCCUCCUCCAACGUCUCGUGCUGAUGAGGCGGAACUGGCGGCUGCCGAGUCCCGCUGUGCUCGUGAUGAAACUGAGCUCCGCUUCCAAGCGGCCCCGACGAAUGAGGACACUCGCACACGCGCAAGCGACCCCAACUAUGAGUGUGACAAUGUAUAUGAAGAUGUGGAAAACAUCAACAAGUUCUUCUUGUGCCAGAACUCGCGCAAGCAGAAAGGCAAUCUGAAGAAUCCAUAUGCUGACAGCAACCUUCCUGCGAAAGAGGAGGUGCCUCUUCACAUUUGGCCACGGAACCCAUGGGGCAGCAUAUCGGGAGAACACUCAUCCCAUAAUCUUGUCCACGGUAAGGAACGCCAAACCCCCAACACUACUGCUGACUAUAAAGAACUGAAGAAGAGAGAGAAGCAGCGACUGGAGAAGGAGAAAAAGGAGCAAAAGGAGCGAGAGAAGAAGGAAAAUGAAAUGAAAAAGAAGUUCAAAGUGACGGGCGAUGAAGAGCCCAUGUACCACGCUAAGGUGAUGGUGGCGAGCAAGGUCCGCAAGAAUGACCUGCCCGUUAAAAGCGGCGACACGGUCAGCAUCAUCCGGACCACCAACUGCCCCAAAGGCAAAUGGUUGGCCCGGGACGCGCGCCACAAAUACGGCUACAUCUCCGUCAUGAACGUGGAGCUCAAUAUCAAGGAGAUGCUGGAACUGGGCAAAAAAGCCCAAGCGGCCGGACGUGGCGCCAACCCGGAUGGGGACACGAUCAGCAUUGGCAGCAGAUCCUCAAGCCACCUUGUGGUCACGAGCAGUUUCACAGACGACAGUGAGGAGUGGGCCUGCGAAGAUGAGACGCUCUCGGCCUGCUACGCUAGCCACAUUCCCCAUCAAACCACCUCAUUGGCCGAAGCAUCAGAUGACCUUGCGAGCAAACAGCACACAUUGAGUCAUGCCAACGUUGAGGAUCUGCACACUCAGAAAAGACAUGAAGCCCUGCAGAAGCUUGCCAUCUUCUUUGAACAAAGCAAAGAUGAAUUUGGUGAUGUUCCUGAUAGCGGGGCUCCAACUCCGACAAACCCUGACCCUCCAAGCUUCUUGUGUGCUGUUGAAGAGCCCCCUUAUACUGAACAAGAAGUGGACUUCUCAGAGCUGGGACUCCUUCCUCCUCCGCCAUUAUAUGCUGACACAGAUUGAGUUGAAGCAUCUGGUCGAAUUAGAAACUGGACACUUACUUGAGUAACUAAUGUGCACGCAAAACUG